AUGAGUUUCGAACUGUUCUUUACAGCAAAAUGUAAGGCUCCUGGAAAGCCCCGAAAUGGCUGGCAGGUCGGGAACAACUUUGCCAAUGGUAGCGUUGUAACAUUUGGGUGUAACAGUUCGUCGUAUGUUCUGGUAGGAGCCUCAAAUAUAACAUGUAAUGAAGGAAAGUGGAGUGAUAAAACACCGUCUUGUGAAGGUUGGUCUAGCAAGUGAAUAUUGCGUUAAUACAAAAGGUAAAUACAUGAUACAUAUAGGAAACAAAAGGUACAACCUUAAAUUGCGUGAGCAUAUUUGUUACCAAAAAUCCAGAUGAUUUUAGAAGGAGUAGAGAGGAGAUACAAUAAAUAUCACUUUUUUUAAUUCGGGCCUUGGCUAAACCUAUAUAAGGAGAAGCUAACGCGAUAGAGAAUUUAAGUUCCGACAGGCAUUAAAAAUAUGUCAUAAUCUGUCAAAGACAUUUGGUUUAUUUCAAUAGACCGACUGGAUUCAGCCUUACUGGUGAGAGCUUAUGGUAGAGUUGAUCGUAGGUCAUCCUAAACUCGUUGAGAAUAAUUGAAAUCACUAAACUUUUAUAUUGUCUUAUUUAGAUGUGGACGAAUGUAAAAAAGGCUUGCGUGAAUGUCACUUUCAAGCUGAUUGCACAAAUACUGAGGGCUCGUAUACAUGCCGUUGCAAACCAGGUUAUUUUGGAGAUGGGUUCUCCUGUGAGUCAGGUAGGUGA